CUCUCUCUCGCCUUCAUCCAAUGGACGCCGCCGAACUGCCGUCACCGUCGCCGUCACAGUUCAAACCGGCCUCCACUCUCUUCAAAGACAUCUCCAAUUUCAAAACCCCAAACCGCCGCCCCUCCCGAAUCUCCGACUUCAACUCCUCCCCCUGCCCCCAAUUCUUCACGGCCACCAAACAAACCCCUCGCACACACUCCUCCUCCCUCCGCCGCCGACCCCCGCCGUCCUCCGCUGCCCGAUCAAACGCCGUCCGCAGGCUCAAGGCCGUCGAGCUCGAGCAGUCACAGUCCUCCCGCAAGGUCCAAAUCCGCAAGGAGCAGUCCCUCAAGUCGCUGGCGAAAUCCCUCACCGUCUGGCUCAAUUUCCUCUUCGAAAACCCUAGAUCCUGCGGCUGUAAUUUUCCGGUGGAUGAGGAUCACGGCCAGACGGUCCGGAAGGGGAAGAGGGACAGCGGAUCCGGGGUUGAGGUUCGGGUCGACGCGGCGUGGAGGGAUCCGAAGCGGUGUAGACACUCGUCGUGGAGAGGUGGAGAUUCCGAAAGCGCGGCGGGGUUUUCGAGCUCCAAAUACUCGAAAUUGCAGAGCUCUUUGAAGCUUGUGUGUAGUUUUGAUGACUUGAUUCAGCGAAUGCGGUUCUAUUUGAGCCUUGGGAGUUGCCGAGAGGUUUUCGACUCGAUGAUUCAAGUGUCCAAGAAUAUUGAUGAAGGGAGGUUGAAGAUGAAGGUGCAUUGCCCUCUAGUGACUGAUGUUGGACUGACAAAGAAGGCUAUUAGAGUCCUUUUGAGUUAUAACCCAAUCUGGCUUCGAAUUGGACUGUACAUUAUAUUUGGGGGUGAUUCUUUGUUGUCUGAUCGAGAUGUUAACUCCGAUGAGGAAGUCGCGUUUUUGAAAAUGAUCAUUGAGAAGCAACUUUUUGCACAUGCUGGUCUGGCAAAAGAAUACGCUUACAACAAGAAAGUUGAGGGUCUUUACCGGCCAGGUUAUUAUGAAGCUUUGGGAAAUGUCAUAUUGAAGAGGUUUCUGUUGCUUGUAAUUAUCUUGGAUAGAGCUAAAUCUCAGAGCUGUCUUUCUCUUAAGUAUGGUCUUGAUGGAGUGGAUGGGGGUUCUCCUUUAUUGUUUGCGGUACAGUCUAGCAUCAAAUCAAGUCAUCAGGUGAUCCAUGAUUUUCUCUCAUCUGAUGUCAUGCUCGGAGAAGGUAAUGUAGCAGCACAUCUUGUGAUUCUAGGAUAUAAAGUAUCUCAUCAACAGUCUCCGAUCGUGGAUUUUGACUUUCGCGUUACAGAUUUAUUUGCUGAUCUUCAAGAUGGGAUGCGUCUCUGUAGAGCCAUUCAACUUUUGCAGGAUGAUUCCUCAAUCCUAUUGAAAAUGGCUAUUCCAUCAGAUACACGUAAAAAACACCUGGCAAAUUGUGGCACUGCCCUGCAGUAUCUUAAGGAGGCUGGUGUUGUUUUAGACGAUGAUGGAAUGAUGAUUGUGGAAGAUGAUAUUGCUGAUGGGGACAAGGAACUUACCAUUGUGUUGCUUUGGAAUAUGUUUGUUCAGUUGCAGCUACCUCUUUUGGUCAAGAAAACAACAUUAGCUGAUGAAAUAUGCAAAAUUCGGGGAAAUAUGGAUAGCUGCAUAAAUGUUGAUGCUCCUUCACUGGAUAUGCUUUUAAGUUGGAUUCAGGCAAUUUGUGAAAUUUAUGAUUGCAAGAUCGACAACUUUUCUUCAUUGGUAGAUGGAAAAGCCAUAUGGUGUUUGCUGGAUUAUCACUUCCGCAAGCAACUUUGUUGUUCUUGGUCAUCGAAGGAUCAUAAUAAAUCAAGUAACGAAGAAUCAAUCAUGUUAGCCAGUGAAUAUUCAGAUGCCGUGCACAACUUUCUAUUGUCACAGAAGUUGAUGUCGCUAUUGGGUAACUUUCCAGAGGUUCUGCAAAUAAGUGACAUUCUUGAGUAUAAUGGCGUACCUAAUGAUCGUAGUGUGGUGAUCCUAUUGGUGUUUCUGUCAUCUCAACUGGUUGGGAAAAAGAACAUGGAUCAGUUAAACUUUCAUAAACUAUUAGGCUGUGAUUGUCAAAGUUCAGAGAGAAUAUGCUCUGCAAAAUCUGAACUAGCACAUAUCCCAGAAACAUCUGUUCAGUGUACUGAAGAUACAGGUUCAGUGAGAAACUUUAAGGCUAUCCAGGCUUGGUGGAAAGAUAUGGCUGAAAAGAACCAUAAACUUCCAAAACUAUCAGCUCAGACUUUGCAGAACCUCACCACAAACAAAGAUGAAAAUAACAUUUCAAGAGUAAAUGCUGCUAUUGUUGUCCAAAGAUAUACUCGUGGGUGGCUUGCAAGAUCAAGAUGUAUUCAUGCAAGAUCAAGAUGUAUUCAUGGUGGCCCUCUCAUUCAUAAAUCGUUAAGUAUGGUUGAGGAGAAUGAUGCACUAGAUGUUCGAACACGGGCAGCAGCUAAAAUCCAAGAUGCCUGGAAUUAUUAUGUCUGUCACUCUUAUCACAAUAAGCACUUUGCUGCUGUGAAAAUUCAAAGUCACUUUCGUACUUGUCUAUUGAGAAGGAGGCUUCACAGUCAAAGGCGAGCAACAAUAAAAAUCCAAAGUUUUUUUCGUAUGUCAAGAUGUUGGAAGACUUAUCAGCAAUACAAAAUUGCAACUGUGUCAGCCACUAUCAUUCAAUCUUAUGUGCGUGGAUGGGUUGCCCGAAGAGAAGCUAAUCAAUGUAGGCAUCUCAUUGUUACUAUCCAAAGAUACUGCCGUGGUUGGUUGAGAAGGAGGCAUUUCUUAUGCCAAAGAAAAGCUGUAGUGAAGAUCCAAAGUACUAUACAAUGCCUGCUAUACCGUCAGGCAUUUCAACGUCAUAGACAAGCUGCAGUGGAAAUUCAACGGAUAGUCAGGGGGAAGAUCAGUCGAAGUAAUCUCUUAGGCGCUUCAUGUCUACACCCCGUCAUCCCCCAUGAUUAUCUUUUAAAUACCACAAGUGCCAUCUAUAGUAGUGUCGAACUAAAUAUAGUGUUUUGCUCUGUGUUGAAAUUGCAAAGGUGGUGGAGGAGUGCCCUGUUGCUAAAACUUAGAACAAAGUCUGCAGUACUUAUUCAGUCUCAUAUUCGAGAUUGGUUAGCUAGGCAAAAGGCUUCCAGAGAGAGGCAUUCUAGUAUUGUAAUACAAUCACACUGGAGAGGCUACCAGGCACGGAGAAAAGAGUCAAGGGAACAGCUCAAGGAUUUACGCUUGAGAGUGCAGAAGUCUUCUAUUAGUGUGGAUGAUAGCAUGCGUAUUAUCAACAGACUUGUUGCUGCACUUUCAGAACUACUAAAAAUGAAAAGUAUCAGCAACAUCCUUCAUACUUGUGCCACAUUGGAUAUGGCUACAAGGUAUUCUCAGAAAUGUUGCGAAAGACUCGUGGAUGCUGGAGCUAUCAAAAUCUUGCUGAAGCUUAUUCACUCAGGCAGCCGAAGCAUACCUGAUCAGGAGGUUCUAAAGCACGCACUAUCAACUCUUAGAAACCUUGCUCGCUAUCCAAACCUGGUUGAAGUACUAAUUGAUUGUGAGGGGUCUGUAGAAACUGUUCUCUGGGAGUUUCUAAGAAACAAGGAAGAAGGUUACUUCAUUGCUUCUGAACUUCUGAAAAAGAUAUGUUAUAGUUCCAAUGGUGCUGAAGCUGUACGCAAGUUACCUGCCCAUUUGAAAAGACUGCGCAGUCUUGUGGAGGAGCUUAGUAGGAUAGCAUGCAAUGAGAAGAGGAAUGCCCGAUUCGCAAAUGCUAGAGAGAACGCAGAGAGAAGAUUAAAGGAGGCUGUUGUGAUUCUGAAAAUGGCAACAGAAAACUAAGCUUUUGAACUUGCAGCUUUAGUAACAACCUCGUUUCGCUAGUUAGGUGUGGAUUUGUAUGUGUUUCUACCAUUGAAUUUACAAGUUCAAUGUGAAGGAGAAGGAUUCUGAAUGACAUGUACUGAUGGUAAACACUGCAGUAUUGACUAAUGACUAGGCAGUAGUUAAUGGUGACGCAGGAAUUAGUGAAAUGAACUGGUGCAGAUUGCGGACUUUGA